CCCACUUCCGGUCUCAAUCUCUACGGCCUGGUGGGUCGGCCGCUUCCUUCAGGUUCGCCGGAGCGCUGAGGGAGAGCCCGAAGGAGCCGGGAGCGGGAAGCGCCGGCGGCCGGUGCAGCCCAUGGAAGACCCCGCUGCCAGACCCCGGAUUCGGCACCUGUCCGCGACGCGGGCGGGGAGGCGACCGGAAGGCCGGUGAAGAAGCCGCCGCCGCCGCUCCUCCGGCUCCCCUCGGCGAUGGGCUCCCUGUUCCGCAGCGAGACGAUGUGCCUGGCCCAGCUCUUCCUGCAGGCGGGCUCGGCCUACGAGUGCCUCAGCGCCCUGGGCGAGCGCGGCCUGGCCCACUUCAGAGACCUCAAUCCAAGCACCAGUGUGUUCCAGAGGAAAUAUGUGGGCGAAGUAAAGAAAUGUGAAGAAAUGGAAAGGAUAUUAGGAUACCUGGUGCAAGAAAUUAAGAAGGCAGACAUUCCUCUUCCUGAAGGAGAAACUACACCUCCUGCCCCUCUGCUUAAGCAAAUGUUGGAGAUGCAGGAGCAACUGCAGAAGCUGGAGGCGGAGUUGAGAGAAGUGACGAGAAACAAAGAGAAGCUGAGGAAGAACCUUCUCGAACUGACGGAAUAUACCCACAUGCUCCGGGUGACGCGGUUCUUCGCCAAAAGAACUGAGUUUGACUCCUGUUUACAGACCAAUUAUGAAGAAUUUCCGUCGUUAGAAAACGAUCCUUUAGUGGACUACAACUGCAUGCACAGGCUUGGUGCUAAAUUGGGAUUUGUAUCCGGCUUAAUUCACCAAGCAAAAAUCGAAGCCUUUGAAAAAAUGCUGUGGAGGGUCUGCAAAGGAUACACGAUUCUUUCUUAUUCUGAACUGGAAGAGUGUCUCGACAAUCCCGACACAGGAGAACCUACCAGAUGGUUUUGUUUCUUAAUAUCUUACUGGGGUGAGCAGAUAGGCCAAAAAGUUAAGAAGAUAUGUGACUGCUACCAUUGUCACAUCUACCCUUAUCCUAACACGCCCGAGGAUCACCAGACGGUUAUGGAAGGACUGCAAGUUCGUAUUCAGGACCUGCACAUUGUACUGCAUAAAACUGAAGAUUACUUGCGACAAGUUUUAUGCAAAGCGUCUGAAUCCAUCUACACCUGGGAUGUCCAAGUGAAGAAGAUGAAAGCCAUCUAUCACGUGCUUAACCUCUGCAGCUUCGAUGUGACCAACAAAUGCCUCAUUGCUGAAGUUUGGUGCCCAGUUGCAGAUCUGCCUAACAUGCGCCGAGCCCUCGAGGAAGGAUCUAGAGAAAGUGGAGCUUCUGUUCCAUCAUUCAUCAAUACAAUCCCGUCAACAGAGACGCCUCCGACUUUGAUCCGCACCAAUAAAUUUACUUUGGGGUUCCAAAACAUUGUUGACGCAUAUGGGAUUGGGAACUACAGGGAAGUCAAUCCGGCUCUGUUCACCAUAAUCACCUUCCCUUUUAUAUUUGCUGUUAUGUUUGGAGACUGUGGACAUGGCUUUCUUAUGUUCCUAUUUGCUCUGAUGUUGGUUGUCUUUGAAAAACACCCGCGGCUGAGGCGAUCGCAGGAUGAAAUCAUGAAAAUGUUCUUCGAGGGACGAUACAUUAUCUUGCUGAUGGGCCUGUUUUCGGUCUACACCGGCUUGAUCUACAAUGACUGUUUUUCAAAGUCUUUGAAUAUAUUUGGCUCCCACUGGAACGUUUCGCAAAUGUUUGAGCAGAAUGUAUGGAAACCUGAGGAUUUGAAGAAUCAGCAUUUGAUGCUGAAUUCAGCAGUGACUGGCGUGUUCAGAGGAGCGUAUCCUUUUGGGAUAGACCCGAUCUGGAGCCUGGCCAGCAAUCGCCUCAGCUUCUUAAAUUCCUUCAAAAUGAAAAUGUCCAUAAUUCUCGGAGUGAUCCACAUGACUUUUGGAGUUCUCUUGGGGGGCUUUAACCACUUGUAUUUCAAACAGAAGUACAAUAUUUAUUUGGUUUUCAUUCCUCAACUUCUGUUCAUGCUGUCCAUCUUCGGGUACCUUGUGUUUUUGAUCAUCUUUAAAUGGCUGGCUUGUACCGCUAGCGACCCAGAGCCUGCUCCCAGCAUUUUGAUUCACUUCAUUAACAUGUUCUUGUUUCCUACUUCGGAAGGAAAGGAGCUCUUUUUCCAAGGACAGAUGAUUGUACAGAGGCUUCUAUUGGCUAUUGCUCUGCUUUCAGUUCCUGUGCUGCUUUGUGGAAAACCGCUUUAUUUAUACUGGUUGAACAACGGGCGCAAAGGAUUCGGGCCAUACAGAAAAGGUUACCAGUUAGUUCGAAAAGAAAGUGAAGAAGAGCUUGCUCUGUUGAUGACUCACGAUAUGGAAGAGGGAGCCAGUUCUUUGGACAACCGGCACAAAGAGGAGAAGAAAAAAGAGUUUGUCUUUUUUGACGUGUUCAUGGAUCAAGCUAUCCACACCAUUGAAUACUGUCUAGGAUGCAUCUCCAACACAGCUUCAUACUUGAGGCUCUGGGCUCUCAGUCUGGCCCACGCCCAGUUAUCUGAAGUGCUGUGGGCCAUGAUAAUGCGGGUCGGCCUUCGUGUAGAUGCAUCAUACGGGAUCCUGCUCCUAAUUCCAGUCUCAGCUUUAUUCAUGGUUUUAACGAUAUUUAUCCUUUUAGUCAUGGAGGGUCUUUCAGCUUUUCUACAUGCUAUUCGACUUCACUGGGUAGAGUUUCAGAACAAGUUCUAUAAAGGCGAAGGAUACAAGUUCACACCUUUCUCUUUUCAAGGCAUUUCUUUACAUUUUAAUAAAGAGAUUACAUAGUUGCGUGCUGUAGCCACAAAAGUCUGUGGAGUUGUCUGUAAAAAGAAUCAUGUACCUAGAUGUCUUUCUUAUACAGCUCACUGUAGAAAAGUGCAUUUCCCCCAUUGAUUGCCUUAUAUUGCGGCCAAAAACCUUUGUAAUAUGAAUAUACCUCUUUCACUUGAAUUUUGGAAGUGUGGGACCUCAUGUAGCAGACACAAAAUGUUCUUAUUCUCCUCCCCCCCCCCACCAUGAGCAUGCACAAAUUAACUUCAAAACAUUUAACAUGAAACAUCUAAUCGCCGCUCCUAAAAAUAGGUACUUUAAAGAGUGGCAUAGUUUCUUGUAACAAACCCUUUCCCUCUCUUUUCAGGACCACUCACAUCACAGCACCUUUGUGCAAGUUCACAGCUAAGCAGAUCUGGAAGCAGUUUAGAAAGAAGUACUAUAUGUUGUCAGUAUUUUUCUAGGGAAUUGCUAAGACUUUUUGUUUAUAUCAUCUUAAAAACUGGCGCGACCUUUCUGUUCAGCCUUUCCUCUGGUUUGAACAGGAGUUCAUUUUUGAUACUACACAUUCCGAGGCUUGAAAGAAAAGAUAGGAAAACUGCCCUGUGUUUUGUAUUCCUUGAAGAACUUGAAAUUUUUGACCCUGCUUCUUUUUAGGAGAUGGUUGUUUGCUAGCAUGUUGUAAAAUAUCUGCUCCAGGACCUCAUUGCCUGAGAUUCUCUUACAAUGUGUUAAAGAUUUUAGUGAAGAUUCUGGUAGUAAUUUUAGACACUUGCUUAGUUGUGAGUCUUUUUAUUGAAGUUAAGCAGAUGCUUCAGUAUUCCCCUCCCCCCCGCACCCGAAUAUUGUAGCUUAGACAUCUAGCACCUUGUUUGUUUAAUUCCAAUGACAGAUUACUUGAAUUAGGAUAGGUUUUCGUAAGACAAUUCACACUCCUUUUGUACACAUUGUUCCUACUAAUGGAAGUAAAUAUUUGCAAAAUCAGGUUCUAAUUUUUAACUUGUGUUUUGACACUGCAGGCAGUUUGGUUGUGUAUCAAACCUGUUUAGGUUCAGUAAAGAUAAGGACCCUUUAAGGGAUUUUCUUCAAGUAUCAAUCAAAUCAGAGGUAUUUUACCAUAAAGAAUUUUAUGCAAGUGCCAAUAACUUCAGUCCUAUUUUUUUUUUGUACUCAUCUUAAAUAAAAGCUAAUUCCUUACUUGAGAACAAA